UAAAACUACAAUACCCAUGAUGCACCGCGACCCCAUUGGAAUUGAGGAAAGACGCAUCCAGGACAUCGACUCAUAACUCGCCACUCUCCUACACGUUUACUAGUUCACGCCAAUUUUUGCUUCUCGACGGAUCAGCUUGGCACACAAUUCAAGCGAACAAGCCCCACUUUUUGAGUCUAGUUGGGUAGAAAUAAAGCAGAAAUGGCCCAGCAGAGCAGUGCUCAGGUCGCCAGCUCACAGAAAGCUUUAAUGCUGGAGAUGAAGUCUCUACAGGAGGAACCAGUGGAGGGUUUCAAGAUCACUUUAGUGGAUGAAGCUGAUCUCUACAACUGGGAAGUGGCGAUUUUUGGACCCCCAAACACUCACUACGAAGGGGGCUAUUUCAAGGCUCGCAUCAAGUUCCCGAUCGAUUACCCCUAUUCCCCACCCACGUUCAGAUUCCUCACCAAGAUGUGGCACCCCAACAUCUAUGAGAACGGGGACGUGUGCAUCUCCAUUCUGCAUCCUCCUGUAGAUGAUCCACAGAGCGGAGAGCUGCCCUCAGAGAGGUGGAACCCUACACAGAACGUCAGAACUAUACUGUUGAGCGUCAUCUCUCUCCUGAACGAACCCAACACGUUUUCUCCAGCCAACGUGGACGCCUCCGUCAUGUACCGCAAAUGGAGAGACAGUAAAGGAAAAGACCGGGAGUACGCAGAGAUCAUUAGAAAGCAGGUUCUGGCCACUAAAGCCGAGGCAGAGCGGGACGGAGUGAAGGUUCCCACCACCCUGGCGGAGUACUGCGUUCGCACACGCGCCCCUGCACCGGACGAGGGCUCCGACCUGUUGUACGACGAUUACUACGAUGAUGAGGACUUGGAGGAUGAGGAUGAGGAUGGCGAGGACUGUUGCUAUGACGAAGACGACUCAGGAAACGAGGAAUCAUGACGACAUUCCCAUUCGUCUUCAUUCUCGUCUUCAUCAGCAUCACCCUGAAAGUGGAAAGGAAACGUCAAGGCAUGCGCCCUGCAUUUACACUCACUCAGAUGGCCAUUUUUGUUUCCUUAAAGGACUAAAAUGAGAGAUUAACUUUUUUUUUUGUUGUUGUUUUUUUCGCAUUUGUUGUUUUCUUCCGUGUCAUAAUUGUGCUGGCCUUCAGGCUUUUCUCAAAUCUGCUCUUUUAUUAUUUCUUUGCUUUGUGCUUUCAGAUAGCUCUGUGAAAGUUACUUCAAAAAGGACAAAAAAAAAAAUGAGCGUGACUGAAUUAGGGAGCGAUUCUUUGAAUGAGGCUUUGUGCUGAAUAAUGCUGAUUAUGUCACUGAUCUUUUUAAAUAAUUUCUUAGAGAUGAUCACUUUGAUCGCCCUUGCUCACUUUUUUUUUGGCGUUCAAGCACAUCUGAGCAGCCCAGCAAUAAAAAAUAAUGAGUUUGGGGGGCAAGCUUUGAGUUUUUGGUUUUAAUUCCGCCUUCAUUUGAGUAAUAAUUAUGUUAAAGGGGUAGUUAAUCCAAAAGAAAAUUACAGUUCUGUCAUUUACUCACUCUCAUGUCAUUACAAACCCGUAUAACUGACUUUAUUUGAGACAUGAAAGUCAGUUGUCACUAAAACCGUUUGGUUACCAACAUUCUUUAUAACUAAACAAAUGAGGGUGAGUAAAUCUCAGAAUUUAUUAUUUUUUUUUUUUUAAGAAACCCUAAGCAAAAAAUUAAAGGAUGAUAAAUUGAUAUUAAAUGUAAACAUUGCAAAAAAUGCUGAGGCUUACAUUCUAUGAUGUGCUUAAAAAUCUGCAUUAUUUAACUUAUAAUGUCACUUUAAAUUAUUGAAAUGUAUUACCUUGUUCCGAGAUAUAUGAGCUCAUCAGAAAAUCAAUAUAGUCAGGCUUAAUCUGGUAGGCUGGUGAGUGGACGUUGUCUUUUCUGUUAAGCUGAGUUUAUUUUAAUAUUUUUAAGCAAUGCUGAUAUUCCUGUGUUGUCCUCCUAAGUGAAUCUUAUUUAAUCUGUCAUGGUUUGUUUUUUUUCAUCACUGAAGCAUUUGUUGUUUUAUUUGGGAUGUAGGGUGACUUCUGGACUAUUGAAUCAUUUUUUUUUGCGCCGUUUCUUUUGCAUUAUGGCUCCAUGAAUUGACAGCACGUCCUACGUUGUGAUAUCACGAUGGAAAGUUUCCUUUUCCGCUGCCUGGAGGCUGGCGAGUGCUGGUGUCCGUCUCUGAUUUGAAUUUGAUCUCCUGCCGACUGACUCUCAGGAUCAGGUAAUCUGGAAUGAGAAAAAAAAAAACCUACCAACAACAAAAAGUACUUUUUUCAAACCUGCAAGCUAUCCAUUUUUUCCAUAUUGUUUUGAGGACAAUUUACAACCGUAUCCCAAGAGGCUGAGAGGCACAUAAGGAGCUAAUUUGUCAUUUUAUUGACCUGUAUGUAUUUUUACGGUUUGUUGGCCUAUUUAAAACUGAAUAAAGAUCUUUAUUAGAAUA